AUGGAGUUCUGGGGUGUUGAGGUGAAAAGUGGAGAGCCUCUUAAGGUUUCCCCCGGUGAUGGGAUGGUCUUGCAUCUUUCUCAGGCUUGUAUUGGUGACCUUAAAAAGGAGAAAGGAAAUGAAGCUGUCUACUUGUUUGUAAAUAUUGAUGGAAAGAAGCUUGUUCUUGGAACACUCUUUGUUGAUAAGUUGCCUCAACAACAGUUUGACUUAGUGUUUGACAGAGAUUUCGAGCUGUCGCACAAUUUCAAAAAUGCAAGUGUCUAUUUCUAUGGAUACAAGGCCAGCAACCCAUCUGAAGAAUAUCCUUUACACACAUUUUCCAGUUUUGGAUAUGAAUUUGACUCUGAGGAAGAAGAGGAAGAACCACUUCCUGUUGCUAAUAAUGGGAAACCUGAGUCAAAGCCUAAGGAAGGAAAAGCUGUGGAGGCUGCUAAAGCUAAUGCUGACAAAGGAAAGGAGUCUGAUGGUGGUAGGCAAAAGGUGAAGAUUGUGGAACCAAAGAAAGAUGUGGAUGCUAGUGAAGAGGAUGAUGAAAGCGCUGAUGAAGACGCGAUGUCUGAGGACGACGAUGAAGAUGACUCUGAGGAUGGAGAUGAUUCAGAUGAAUCUGCUGAGAGUGAUGAGGAGACACCAAAGAAGGCUGAGCCAAGCAAGAAGCGACCAUCAGAAUCUGCUACAAAAACGCCCGUGCAAAGCAAGAAGGCAAAAGCAACUCCACAGAAAACUGAUGGAAAAAAGGCUGGUGGUCAUGUUGCCACACCUCACCCAGCAAAACAGGCUGGGAAGACACCUGCGAACAAGCCAAACCAGCAGACACCAAAGUCCGGGGGAUCACAUUCCUGCAAGAGCUGCAGCAGGACAUUUACAUCUGAGCAAGGCCUUGAUUCCCACACAAAAGCCAAGCAUGCUGGUGGAAAGUAA